AUGCUGCAUGAGGAAGAACCAUCCUCAUUCGUUGGCCCUCGUGCACAUGAAAACGUAGAGGGUAACAAGGCAUUUGUGCGGAGUGUCUUGACUAGGCUUCCAGAGCUUACACCUGCGAUAGUACGUGGUUCUCCUCCUGCAAGACUUCUUCUUCGCAAUGCUAUCUCGCGUGCCAGGUACUUUUUUCGUGGUGAUGCUUCAUUUGGAGAAAUAUUAAGACUUCUUUUGGAAUACUGCAGUCAGAUAAAAGAUGUAGGGAAUUGUGAAGAUGUUCCAGAAUCUAUAAAAGAUCUUGCCGCUUCAAUUGCAUCACGGGUAGAAAAUCUACCUUUGCCAAAAACUGCUUCAGAUACUAAAUUAUCACCUGUCAUGAUAUUAUUUUUUACAGUAGGACUAUUAGCUACAUUGUCUAUAAUAAUCAUUAUCGUUUCCACAGACCACUCUUGGGGAGUUAGUGAACAGGCAAUUAUUACAGUUGCUUGCAUACUUAUUAUCAUUAUUCUUCUUCUAUUGGGUUUAACUCACCAAAAAAUAAAAAUGGCUAAAUCAGAUAUUGAAUCACUUGAUAAAUUUCUUCGAGGUUUUGUUGACUCAUUUAAAACUGCUACUCCUUUAGUAGGAGAAAACGAACACACCAAUCCUUUUUCUGGACCUUCUCAAACUGAUGAUAGCAAACCAACAGAGACUUGUGCAUUUCUAGUUGAACCAGAUGUUGUACGUCAACAAAGAAAAGCUGUAAAUGCACUACUUGUAGAAGCUACAGAAGAUGAGGGUAAUUUCAUAUUACGUUUAAGAGAUCUUCCUCCUGUUUAUAUAGGACUUAAUGCUGUUUGCAAACAUUUACUUAUGAUAGUUACAGAUCGAGAAGGUAAGGUAGUACUAUGGAGUGAAGGUGCUAUGUCUCUUUGUGGAUUUAGAGCCGCUGAUGUAGAAGGAAAACAUAUUUCUAGUUUAUUAAAUGGUGACAAAUCACUUGAACAAUAUAAUAUGAUGGUUGAUGCAGCUGAUAAAAAUUUUGACCUUUCUAGAAGGGCUUUAACCCUUGCUCAUCUAACUUAUGGAAGUGUUACUGUAGAUGCUACUCUUAUGAUUGCCAGGGAUAUCACAACAGAACAACCUGUAGGAUAUGCUAUAAUUGGUUCUGUACAAGAGGCAGGAGUAUAUCGAACCUUUUCUUUUUUUCAGCAUUUCUUUUUAACUGAAUUAUCUCAAUUGGGUUAUAAAGAACCACAAUUUCGUCAAAUUAUAGAUUGUCUUCAAUGGAAAAAUCUUCAAGAUUUAGCUUAUUCUGCUAGAGAAUGGGGUGGUGUACGACUUCGAGCAGUACUUUCUGAUGUGAUUCGUGAACGACAUCGUCAGGUAGAUGUUCGUGUUUUACCUGAUGUAGCAGAAUUAGCAAGAGUAUCAUGUGAUAAAUCAGCAGUAGCUUCAGUACUUUCACGUGCUUGUGAACUUUUAACAGGAAAACUUCAUAUUCAAGUAUCUUUAAAACGAACCACAGAAUCUAUUCACCAACUUGUAGUAGUUUGUCAACAUGAUUCAACUAAUCCUAUUGAUCAUGAAGCUAUCACUAGUUUAAGACAAGCUGUAAACAGUUUGGGUGGUAUACUUAUUUCUUCUACUGGUACAUUACGAAUUCAAGUUCCUUUUAUUGUUGAAGAUGGUUCCGGUAGAGCUUUAAUGCGUCCACGAUAUGAUCAAGUGAUUCCAAAUGUUCAAGAUCCAUUGAUUAUUCUUCUUCUUGAAAAAAGUGCUGUUUACCGACAUAAUAUUUCUGCAUUACUUUGGAGUUUUGGUCAUUCAUUACGAGUGGUAGAAAGUGUUACAAAAGCUUUACAAGCUGUAAAUGAUUCUAGUAUUGAUAUUGGAUGUGCUAUUGUAGAUAGUGAUUUAAGAGAUGCAAGUAAGGUAUUGGAUGAACUUGCAGCAAAAAGAAUUUACACAAUUGAAACUUCAGAAACUUCUAAUACUCCUAUUAAACGGGGUAAUUCAUUAUUAUCCAAACCUAUAUCUCGUGAAUCUCUUGGUUUAGAACUCCUUGAAGCAGUACGUAAAGUUGAAGAAAAACGAAAAGCAGAAGAAGAAGUAAUGAAAAGACGUGAAAUCUUUGGAAAAGUACGAAAUAGUCCUUGGAUUAAAGGUCGUAAACUCGGAAGAGGAGCAUUUGCAGAUGUAUAUGAAGCAACAUCAACUCUAACAGGUGGUAAAAUGGCAGUAAAAAUGAUUCGUUUAUCAGGUAAAUUUGAAGAUAAAGUAAAAGAUCUUAUGAAUGAAAUUGAAAUUUUGUGUAAACUUACUCAUCCUAAUAUUAUUCACUACUUUUACUGCGAACGUACAGAAAAUACUAUAAAUUUGUUUAUGGAACUUGCGGAUCAGGGUACUGUUGCAGAUUUAUUACAAAGAUACCCAAAACUUCCAGAAAAUUAUCUUGCAAGAAUGACUAAAGAAUUACUACAAGCUGUGAAUUAUCUUCAUGAGUGUGGUAUUAUUCAUCGUGACAUUAAACCUGGAAAUAUGUUGAUAUCAAAGGGUGUAUUAAAACUUUCAGAUUUUGGAACUGCAACAGCUAAUGUUGGAGAAGGAAUGCAUGGAACAAUAUUUUAUAUGGCUCCAGAAGUAAUUGAAGGUCGUUCUUCUUCAAAGGAAUGUGAUAUAUGGUCCAUAGGCUGUGUAGUUUGUGAGUGUCUUCAAAUAAAGCGACCCUCAAGGGGAGGUAUGUUGCUUGGCUAUGGAGUUCCCGAAAGUUUCCCUCCUGAAGUAUCAGAAGAAGCGGUAGAUUUUAUAAAAUCAUGUAUGCAUGAAGAUCCAUCAGAGCGUGCCUCCGCAGGGACUCUUUUAUUACAUGAUUUUAUUUUAAAACUUGAUCAUGAGGUGGAUCAGUUGGCUAUGCUCCCAACUGAUCCAAUGGCGACAACAUGGGGCACAGUUGAGGGUACAGAGAGUUUUACUGUAGCAUCUUCUCAGUCAACUCCAAGUUGGUCGAUUAGGGAAUAA